UGUGAUCUUUUUCGACGUUUCGUGGUAGACUGAUAUUAACUUCAUCUUCAGAAAGUCACCAAUUCGUAGUUGACAUUUUUGGGGUUUUUUUAUAGGAAUUUUGUUCUUUUUCAAAUUGGUGACUUUGAGAGUGAAACAAAUUUUUUAAAAAGGGAAAACAAAAAAGAUUUUGAUGUGAUGUGGAUAAUCGUCGGCUUUGAUGUGAUAGAAUCUGCCGUCGUCGUGACGUGCGAUUCGACUCGCUGAGAUGGCUUCAUCACCAAGCGACAACAACAAAAACAUUUCCUUCCGGAUAGUCUCGUUCGCCAGAAAAUCGUCUGCUAGUGCCGGUUGACAAGCAAUUCACGACCCGUUAAACUCGAGUGGAGUAUCAAAGCUACAAGAUUAACGUGACGGCCACAAAAAUUGCGCAUCAAAAAAUGAAAGGCUGGUUCGAUGCGUUUCGCCACGACGGUGGACCAACACUUUACGACCGCGCCAACCGGACGGCCGUGACUGGCGAUUAUUCCACCAUCACAUUUUGCGUCAUCUUCAUCACUCUCUUUGUGGCCUUCCUCAUCAUUUUGCCCGGCAUUCGUAAAGAGCGCUUUACCACAUUCACGAGCGUCACCAUCAGCCUGUUUGUCGGUGCCGUCAUACUCGUGAGCAGUAACGGUUGCGGAUGGCACACAGCAGAAGAACAAAUAAUAAGCAGUUAUCGAGCCUUCUCGAGCGAAAAAAUUGUCGCCAGACUGGGCAUUCACAUCGGAUUCAAUCAUGUCAAUGUCACCCUCCGCUCUUCGGGCGUGUUCAAUAUGAGCGACCGUAUCGAUUACAACGAACGAUUCGGCUGGAAAGGCCCAGACGAUAUGGUCGAAGGAUACGAGGCUGCAUUACGAAAAGGUUUACCGUAUCCAAUAUUAACGGUGGCCGAAUACCUCAGCUUGAACGACGAAGGUUUCGGAUGGGGAAGAACUUACCGCAAAGCCGGUUACUACAGCUGCAUCGCCUUGUGGGCGGCAUUUGCUGCGUGGCUUUUGAUGAACAUCAUGUUGGUCACCGUACCCGUUUACGGAGGCUACAUGAUGCUCUGCACUGGCGGCCUUAUGCUGUUAACCAAUCUACUGUACUACAUGAACAUCCCAAGUCGGCCGCUCGUCAUCCGCUUCGAAGACUCCAUCAUCAGUUUCAGCUUCGGUUGGAGCUUCUGGCUCGUCCUUGCCGCAGGGUUAGUUGUCUCAAUUUUCGGAUUGGUCAUCACCUUAGUGGAAAUAGCCUUCCCGCACAAAUUCUCAACCGUCAUCGAACUGGAUUAUGACACGCCCUACGACCGUCACAUCAUCAUCGAGGAAAGUCGCGACACCAAAGUUGGGAAAAGACGAUCGAGAUUCGAAGAGCCAAUCAGCAAUUUCGGAUCGAGAAUCUUCCGCCGCUUCUCCAAACGUCUCAACGGCGGAAUGGACGGCCCCAACAACGACACCAAAUUCGGUUUAGAUAACCCAUCCAUGGAACUUGACCCACCGAAAUCACCGUGGAGGUACCCGCACCGAACGUUCAGCAAUGGCCCGACGAGACCAACAUCGCGAUCCGAAUCUCGAAAAUCGACGAAAUCAGUCGGAUUCCGCGACGUCAACGUCUACGGCAACACGUUACAUCCAUCGAGCGCUGCCUUAGGGCCGUCGUUAGACACAUCAGAAGUGGAAACGAUUCCAGAUGUCCACAUGACGCCAGAGCCACCUAUUAUCAAAACAUCUAUAGCAGAACCGGCUUGGGAAUCGGAUCCUUCAUCGUCCAGUGAAGAUGAAGGUGAAGAAAUCGAGCGGGUGCAGAACAUUCCAAUUACGACGAUCAAUUUCCGGACGUCGGCGUCGCGGCAAAAUUCACACGAAUCGCGUUUCAGCCGGAACAGUUCGUUGCGGCAAUCGCAAAGAGACGCGCUCGAAGAUUGGGACGAACCAGAGCGGCCGGAGCGGACGAGUAUCGUCAGCAUCAUCAAAUCGGCUCUUCACAUGGGUCCAUCGUCGGCCAGCGGUUCAGCCCCGUCCACCUCGACGACAGGCAGCUCAGGUGCUUCGACACCAAUGAGACGGAUAUCAAAUGAAGAAGCCGAUGCCAUCCAUCUGGAUAGGACGGGCAGCUACAUGCAACGAUCUGCAUUAGCCACCGUUUCGGCCAAAAUCAGUGCAGCGGCUGAGGCCGAUCGUUCCAGACAUUCUAGCAACGAUGACGUUCAUCGUGUAGAUUUGUGGUAAACGUACCCUCGAGGUUUCUGCAACCCAAACCCUCCCUGCCUUCCUAAUUGAAAA